GUGUGACACACCUGACACACGUGUGUUGCAGCUGAUGGAGCUGAUCGAGCGCGUGGAGCGCCGCGUGCCGCUGCCGGAGCUGCUGGCGGCGUUCAACGAGCCGGCCACGUCGGAUUACCUGGUGGUUUACCUGCGCCUGCUCACCUCGGGCUGCCUGCAGCGCCACCGGCGCUUCUUCGAGCAGUUCCUGGAGGGCGGCCGCAGCAUCAAGGAGUUCUGCCAGCAGGAGGUGGAGCCCAUGUCCAAGGAGCGCCACCGGCGCUUCUUCGAGCAGUUCCUGGAGGGCGGCCGCAGCAUCAAGGAGUUCUGCCAGCAGGAGGUGGAGCCCAUGUCCAAGGAGAGCGACCACAUCCACAUCAUCGCGCUGGCGCGGGCGCUGCACGUCUCCAUCCUGGUGGAGUACAUGGACCGGGGCGAGGGCGGUGCCACCAACCCGCACGUGUUCCCCGAGGGCUCGCAGCCCCGCGUCUGCCUCCUCUACCGGCCCGGCCACUACGACAUCCUCUACAAGUGACCCCCGCGCCCACCGCCCCGCCGGGACCC